GCUCUUGAUUGUCCGUUCUCGGGGAAUGAAUAAAGGAACUCAUUUAUUGAGAAAAGGGAGGACCGAAGGCCGCUGGUUUAUAGAAUAACCUUUACGAGACUUUGCCCCGUAUUGAGCAACGCAUCUUAAAUUGAAGCCCACGCCUGACUUGAUAUAAAGGGGGAUGACACCGAAUGUUCGAUCAUAAUCUGUAUUGUGUCAGGUAAUCCUUGUGCCUUCAAGGACACGUUGGUGAAAGUUUAGCGCAUUUGUGACAUCAAGCAAUUUGUAAAUGUUUUUAUUUAAUUACGCUCAAACGGCAUAACAAUUGAGCAACACUGGCACGCUCACGAGCCUUGACGUCCCAUGCAGCAUGCCUGCCGGGAGAGUAUGCAUAUUCCGACGAAAAAUCGGUGUUGCAAAUCUGUGCGCAUCCGGGAAAUUUCUGCUUUGUUAGGCUUGCCAUUGCAAUUUCUCAACUUGGAGCGGCUGAAACAAUGCCACCGCGGCGCCAAUGUAGUUCUGCGGGGCGCCAGAGCGAACGAAGGCAGGAGUGCUCCUUAUCGUGUAUCAGGUUCCAGCCCGUCAAGCGUAAGGCUUGUGAGAUGAAUGUGGGCAGGAAGAACUGGCGCUCAUGUGACGCUUUUGUUUUGUUCUCGGAACGCUUCAAGCCAGACAACUACAGCGAAGAUACGUGCCUGCUCACCCAGUUCGGGAUACGCGUGAGAAAACUGAGGCUGCCGCCAGGCGCGAAGCCAACCGUGUUCGCGCACCGACCCAUCCGGCUGGCAGUGCACCGGCAAAACGGCUCUCACAAACUACAUAUGGAACAACGACGGCAUUCACAAAGAAUGGAAGAUGCAAACACAAGACGUCCAACUUCAAGUGAAAUUUUCACAAUUUCCAAGUUGGAGCCGGAGUCACAGGAGCUCACGCCAUCUCCACCAAGGCGCUUAACUGCGGCUGGAAGACUUUCUUUGGGCGGCUGUGACCCCAUCGCUUUCAAGCCGAGCCAUGUACAGGCCGAAAAGAAGUCUGAUGCGGCCGGUAUUGACAAGUGCUGGUGGGUGGCGGUGCUGGCCUUUUUCAUGACCGUCAUGGAGUCGUCGUCCAGCCGCUGCUCGGGCUUCCUCAUGGUCGGAAUCAUGGAGCAGAUGAACGUCGAACGCGGCCUCGCCUCCUGGCCUGUCAGCCUCAUCGGCUCCCUUAUCGACUGCGGAGGCCUAAUCUCUGGACCUCUAAGCGAAGUCUUCACCACAGUUCCCGUGCUGGUUGGGGGAUCCGUGCUGGCUGCAGCCGGCGUCAUAGCAUCUUCAUUUGCCCCGGAUAUCACAUGGCUCAGCGUCACGCUAGGAGCUAUGCAUGGUCUGGGCCUUGGCAUUGUGAUAACCAUGCUGCAGGUCCUCAUCAGCAUGUACUUCGAGCGGUACCGUGGAGCCGCCAACGGCAUCAUGUUCGCCGGAUCCACUGCCUCUGCGUUCAUCUUCACCCAUAUGCUGCUGUACUUUAGAGACACCUACGGGUUCCGAGGCAGCCUGUUGCUGUUUGGUGCCGUUCUCAUGAACUUGGUCGCCUUGAGUCUUGCCUUCCAAGAGCCACCAUGGGUUAAGAGAGACAGAAUCAAGAGGAGAAAAGGCACACAGGGGACAAGGAGGCCAUCGAUAUUCACAGCGGAUUCAAAGCAAGGGAAAAACGUUUCCGCCACUGCGGUAAUGCUAAGAAACAUUCUCGGAGUGCUCAAGUGUCCCAUGGUGUACGUUCUCACGAUCACGUGGCUAGCGUUCUGCUUCAACUACGACAUUUUCUUCUCCACGAUCGUCGACUUCGCCAUGGACAAAGGGAUGCCCCUGGAAGACACCGUGUCUUUCAUCACCUACACGUCUAUCACGGAUCUCGUGGGAAGGGUUGUCCUUCCUAUUUUAACUGAUCGUGGGAUCCUGCAGCGGUCGACGUUAAUCAUAUUGAACUACUUUCUCCUUGGCUUGUGCACUAUGUCACUGCCAUUCUGUGACUCCUACUGGGUCCUGCUAGUGGCGUGCCUAGGCGUGGCCUUAUUCCUCGGCUGUGCCAUUACCAUGCACAGCGUUCUGAUGGCCCAGUAUUUGGGAAUCGAAAAACUUGCAGCAGGGUAUACCGUUCUGGGCGCCCUAUGUGGACCAGCACUCUUAGCAAAGGCCCCUUUCGUAGGGUUCUUCAGGGACGACCUUGGUUCGUACAACGAGAUGUUCUGGGUCCUUGGAAGCUUCAGCUUUUUCGUGAGCGUUCAGUGGACGUUCGUGUCUUUGGUCGAUAGAAAGAGAGCUCGAAGGUGGCAGCCAGACAUUGAGCACACGCGCUCUGCGCAAAAAUCGUGACGAACUAUAGCAAUAUAUGUUAAUAAAUUUGAGAAAAUAUGCAGUAAUGCCGAAUGUUCAUGGUAAGACUGGCAAAUACGUUUGAUGCGUUUUCUUUUAAAUGCGAGAGCAUUUAAAAAGUUUCUAGAAUAUAGGGUGUUAC